AUGCAUCUUUUGGAGAUGAAAAGCCAAGGCGAAUUCAGCUUGAUCCAGGUUGCCACCCAUAAUACCCUUCCUUACGCAAUACUUUCGCACACUUGGACAGAUCAGGAGGUCACAUAUCAAGAUCUAAUUAAUAGUGCUGGAAAAAGCAAGUCCGGCUACGAAAAGAUCAAGUUUUGUGGAGAACAAGCAACUAGAGAUGGCCUACAAUAUUUCUGGGUGGACACUUGUUGUAUUGAUAAGUCUAACUCUGCUGAGCUUUCGACGGCUAUUAAUUCUAUAUUCCGUUGGUAUCGAAAUGCGAAGAAAUGUUACGUGUACCUCACGGAUGUAUCAGUGCCCAGUUAUAACGGAGUCCCAGAGCACAUGGAAGCGGCUUUCCGGAAUAGCAGGUGGUUUACUCGAGGCUGGACGCUUCAAGAACUUAUCGCUCCGGCAAUAGUCGAAUUCUUCUCUAAAGAGCGCACGCGGUUAGGUGACAAAAAGUCACUCGAAAAGCCAAUUCACGAGAUUACCCAUAUUCCAAUUCAGGCUCUGCGAGGGAAUCCUUUCUCUGAUUUCAGUAUAGCUGAGCGGAAAAAAUGGGCAGCACAACGUCAGACAACCGAAGAAGAAGACCUGGUAUACUGUUUAUUAGGUCUCUGCGAGGUGUCUAUGCCGCCUAUCUAUGGCGAGGGGAGGGAGAAGGCACUUUUUCGACUCACAGACGAGGUUGACAAGCGUUCAAGGAUGCCUGUCUUACAGAAGAAACCAUUGUCCACCGUGCCGUUUGACAAGGACCCGGACUUUGUUGGAAGGCAAGAUAUCCUCGGAGCAUUAGAAUUGCAGUUCUCUCGACGAGAGUUUCACCAGCGUGUUGUGCUCGUAGGGUUAGGUGGAGUGGGUAAAUCUCAAAUUGCCAUCGAAUUCUCACAUCGGCUUAGGUCUCAGGAUUCCCAGACCUGGGUCUUCUGGGUGCACGCUAGUACUGCUGAGAGAUUUGAGCAAGGUUAUAGAGCCAUUGCCACAGUAUUGGAGCUGCCGGGAUGGAAUGACCCAAAGACUGAUAUACUGGACCUUGUGUGGAGAUGGCUGAGUGACAUUAGAAGCGGCCGCUGGUUUUUGAUACUUGAUAACGCCGACGAUACUGAUGUAUUUUCUUCGAUGCCAGAUAAGGAAUUAGAGCACCGGUCUCGUCCGCUCUCAAGCUAUAUUCCCCAGACUAUAACGGGAUCGGUUCUCCUUACGACGAGAGACCGACGAGCUGCAUUAUGGCUUAGUACUGGAUACGCGAGCGCUAUCGCCGUCCACUUAAUGACGAGGAAAGACGCCGAGCAACUGCUUUUCACAAAAAUCCCCGAUGGAAUCUCUUCUGCCCCCGAGCGAGCAGAGCUAGUUCGCGAACUAGACUACCUCCCGCUCGCUAUCACUCAAGCCGCCGCGUAUAUAAGUGCCCGGGUAACACGAAUAACGGUGCCCAGAUACUUAGCACUCUAUCGUAACGACGAAGUCAGCCAAAGCCGAUUGCUGGAUGAGGAAUCCGGAGACCUGCGGAGGGAUCCAGGUGUGCCGAAUUCCGUUAUCCGGACGUGGCAAAUCUCGUUCGACCAGAUAAAAGACAAGUGGCCAUCGGCUGCGAGGCUCCUGUCUCUUAUAGCUAUGCUUGAUCGUCAAGGAAUUCCGGACUUCUUACUGCAUGCUAUCUAUCCGAACGAUCUUGACCUUGAAGCGGCAUUAAGCCCUCUCGAAGAGUUUUCCUUGAUUUCUGUCGAACGAGGGAGUACGAGAUUUGAGAUACAUCGACUUGUGCAGCUCGCCACACGAAAGUGGCUUGAGAGAUAUCAGGAACUCGAGCGAUGGCAAGGGAUGGCAGUGGAGGUAGUCUCGAAUGCUUUCCCCAAUGGAGAUUACAAAAAUUGGGAAAUAUGCGAUGCGCUAUGGCCUCAUGCUCAAGAGGUACUAAGGUCAAAAUUUGUAUCAGAUACUUUACGUCUCGGGAAAGCAGCUCUCUUAUAUCAUAUGGGAUGGUAUAGCUGGAUGCAAGGUCGCUAUAUACUUGCGAGCACACAGAGUCAAGAGUCUCUCAGUAUCCGUGAACGAGUACUUCAAGGCAAUGACGUUGAAAUAUUUCAUAGCGUUGGGCUGCUAGGCUCAGUUCUCCAAUGCCAGGGCAAGUACAACGAAGCCGAGGCGAUACAGCGACGAGCACUAUCGGGGUAUAAAAUAGCGCUUGGGGCUGAGCAUCCUUCUACACUGAUCAGCAUGGGCGACUUGGCUUUGACAAUUUGGAGCCAGGGACGCUGGAAGGAGGCCGAAGACUUGGAGGUGCAAGUGAUGGAGACGAUAAAGAGGGUAUUAGGGCAGGAGCAUCCAGAUACACUAACUAGUAUGAAUAACUUGGCCUCGACAUACUGGAAUCAGGGGCGCUGGACGGAGGCCGAAGACUUGGAGGCGCAAGUGAUAGAGACGAGAAAGAGGGUAUUAGGGCAGGAGCAUCCAGAUACACUAACUAGUAUAAAUAACUUGGCCUCGACAUACCGAGAUCAGGGACGCUGGACGGAGGCUGAGGAGCUGCAAGUGACGGGACUAGAGAUAUGCUCAAGGGUGCUUGGGCAGGAACAUCCACACACGCUGGCCAGCAUGUCCAAUCUUGCCGAAAUAUGGAAAGGACAUGGCCGAGAUAUAGAUGCCCUUCAGCUCAUGAAGCAAUGUAUAGAGGUACGGGCUAAGAUCUUAGGGGCUAAUCACCCCUCUACUUUGUUUUCCUCAACAACAUUACUUGGGUGGGAGACGGGGAAAUUGGAGGCUAGUACUCUAGCUAAGCAAGUAUAGCCGAGGCAUAUUUCAUGACUACACGAUUCUCCCUGUGCAAAACUUUG